UCAUCUCACUCUAUUUUCUUAACUUCAAAUUUCAGAGAGAGUAAGAGCAUUUAUCAUUUUGCGAAACAUCUUUAUAAAACGUUUUAAAUAAAGUACGAUAAAAUAUUUGUAUAUAAAUAUAAGAGAAGAUGGUGAGUGAUUUAAAACCGGAAUGUUCCUUUUCCUGCUGGUAUCCAACAUUUAAGAAAAAUUCCUUGGAGGCUACGAUUCUCGACAUUCCUGACGAUGUUAUAAAGUACUUGGAGCAUGACGCAUUUGUGUUGCCUAUCGAGGCGGUGAGAUCGUUAUCAGAGAAUUCCGAAUGGACUGACGGUUCACCAGUGACUGGCGAGGAAGAGGAAACGGACUAUCAACUAACAUUUCCCGAAUUCAGUAAAAAAAUACAAGAUGUAUUAGAUGAAUAUGAUGCAAUAUUCAUCAAAACUAAUUGGAGCUCACCUGCAGAUGCAACAUGGGUUGCGCCAACAAAGACUCUCAAAUGUAAGACCUUGGAGGAAGUCUAUUUAUUGUUGAAGAGUUCUGAUAGAAUCGCUAAAGAUUUGAGUACUGUAAAAUCUUUGAGAAAUUGCGAAAAUUCUUUGUCAUUCUGUUUAGUAUUGAAGCAAUGGCGAGACAUCAAUCCUUGCACAGAAUUCCGCUGUUUUGUUAUGGACAAUGAGCUCAUUGCUAUAAGUCAGAGAGAUAUAUCGCAGUACCACAGUUCCAAUGAGUCAGAAAAAUAUAGUAUACAGACAGACAUCAAGAGCUUGUUCUCAGAGCGCAUCAAAGGCAAAUUUCCCUUAUGUAAUUAUUCUUUCGAUGUCGUACGACGUAAAAAGGACAAAGUAAAAAUAAUAGAUUUCGGUCCGAUGAAUGCAUCGUCUACGCAAGGAACGCUCUUUACGUACGAGGAAUUACAAAAUCAUAUUAAUGAUACACCAGAGUUUCGUUUUAUCGGAGAGGAAAUAGGUAUUCAACCAAAGCCUCCUACGCAUUUUUGCAUUCCGCAAGAAAUCAGCGAAUUUUUCCAAUCGAGUGAUAAUGUCACAUUACUGGAUCUUAUUCAAAGGGAGGUAGAAAGUCAACGAAAAGAGCAUGAAAAUACUAACAGUUUGGAGAAUACUUGAUGUAUAUAUAAUGAUAAUAAAUAUGUUUCUUAUAUAUAUGAA